AUGGCUUCAGCACAGGUUUAUCGUUUCCAACAACGUAUAUCAAAUCUUCAAUCUCAUCAUAAACUUGCAUCGAUUCGACAUUGUGAGGCUAUUAGUAACUAUAUCAGUCAAAACAAUGAAUUGAUGAAAUCUUUGAUGGCUCAUUUAAAGGGUCCAGAUAAAAGUGUGAAAAGAACUAAAAGGAUUACAAAACCUCGGACAACACAUCCACAGUUAGCGAAAUCUGCACGUUUUUCUGCCAAGUCAUAUGCUAUGCAGUCAACUGUCGAGCAAUUAAACGCCAUACAUCACCAUUCAUUAUACAGGCAAAAAAACUUUGUGAACCAAUGUUUGCCUGAAGAAACAUGGAAUAAUUUCGGUACACCGGUGACUAAUGAUGAUCCUUCUGUGUGUAAUUCCAAAGAACCGAUAUUUCCACCACCGACAUAUACAGAACCAAGUUUAAAUUGUGAACCACGCAUACUUGAUGAUUGCUUGUGGGAAAUAUGGAAUGGAGAUAAUAAUGUUCUUCAAAACAAGCACCAAAUGAGAACACAAACAAGUUAUACCUCGUGUGAUAAAAUAUAUUCAGGUGAUACCCCAUCUUCUGUCUAUAACGGUGCUCAAGAGAAACAAUAUUGGAGUCGUGAUGACGUGUCACUCGAUAUUAAGCAGCAGACAUUAAGUCGCAUUCCUGGUUAUAACAUACCAGCUGCACAACCAAGAGAUUCUUACUGGUUGAAACAAUCCACUUCCUAUGGCGAACCCAAGCACUUACUUCUUGUCAAUAAGCAUGAUAAUUUGUAUCGUAAUGAGCCGUUGUGUACUGCACAAAAUCCAUUCUCUCCUAAUCUGAACGUCAGUUGUAGGAAUAGUAAUUCUUUACUGACUAAUCAAAUGACCAAUUAUUCAGCUGAGUUUUGUACAUCGAAUUCUAGUUACGAGCUAACCGGGUCGUCAAAAAACCAUAUUAAUCCUAUUCUAGUAUCUACUUAUCCGUCGGUAGGAUCUGAUAUAAACUCUUGUCGAUCAGCAAUUUUUGAUCCUGAUGAAUGUUUUAGGCCGUAUUAUGAUUGUACCUCUUAUCAUCCAUCCGGAAGCAACAAUAAUGGUAGUAGCAGUGGUGGUGAUAAUAGCAGCACCAGUAAUUAUCAUUUUUAUCGAGCAGAUCUGAGCGCCCUACAGUCAUAA